GGGUAUCGAACCCGGGACCUCUCCAUUCAUUACUGUCCAGCUCGCUUGCACCUUUGCAUUUAAUUGCAUUAUAAUCAUAAAUAAUUGAUUUAUUUAUGUUUCACACAAUAUUAAGCUACAUUACACAAAGCGCACCGUCGGCAUGCUUGGGCGGGUUUGGCGGCCCACGGGGUGACCGAGUGACUCCUAGCAACAAUUCAAAACAUGGCGCCUUCCAGCAAAACUUGCCUCGUCAAGUAAUCGCCAUUGAAGCAGGAAAGCAUGGCUGACAUCCUACGAGAGAGUCAGAGAACUCAACAGCUCGUCACUCGGAGAGAAUCGAGGUGGAAGCUGGUAAACGACAAGAGAGUUGACGUCUCGUCGGCCCACGAAUGGGAAGAAAUUACUGUGGAUGAGUUUUCAGGCCUCGUGGCAGAGUUGAAGUCUUGGCGGAAGAAUAAGCAGCUUCUCCGAAGGUUGAAGGCUGGACUCGCUAUGGGAGACGACUUCAUAAGUGCCUUCUAUGCAAACCAGAAUGCCAUGGAAGCUCUGACAAAUGUGGUGUCCUCAAACGAUCCUUGCCGCCAGUUGGAAGCGAUUGCCUGCGUGACUAACCUGUCAUGUGGAAAUCACAAGGCCACCUUCAGGGCUGUCAGAGCAGUGGCACCCUACUUGAUCACCUUCCUGAAUGGCUACAAUCCAUUUCUACAAGACCAAUGUACAUGGGCGCUAGGCAACAUGGCUUCGGACUGUGAUCAGUGCUGCACAUGGUUGACUGCACAAGGGAUCUGCUAUGCUCUGGUGAAGACGCUUGAGACUCCUCACAACCAGCUUCUGGAAUCAUGCCUGUUUGCACUUCAAGCGUACACCCGCUCUCCCUCAGCUGAUGUAGAGUGCUUGGUGCAUCUAGGUGUGGUGUGCAAGUUCCGAGACCUUCUGAGAAAAGAAACGAGUCCUUGGUUCGUCUCUCAGUUUGCAAGGGUGACCUUCAACAUUUUCUCAAGGGAGGACUGCUCUGUUGCUGACCAUGAGGAAGCUGCAAGCCUGUGCAGGGUCUUGGCAGAACGUCUUGUCGCCUGUGCUCGGCUAAAUGAGCAAGACGUUUCGACCCUGACCCCUUUGGUGAGGUGCCUGGCCACCUUUGCGGCACACCAGGAUUCGUUGGCAAGCACGGUGGCACAGUCUCCCGACAUGGCAGAGUGCCUAGGAGUCCUUCUCAACUCCACUUACCUGCAUCUGCGGCGGGAGUGCCUUUGGCUCCUCAACAACCUUGCUGCUGCAUUGGUUUGGAAUGAGAUGAACUUCAAUCUGACUAUCUGCAAUUCGGACGGCAUUUUGCCUUUGAUCUGUUGUGAAUCGUCGCACAUAGAAACGGUACUCUCAUUUCUUGGGAAUAUUGCAUCUAGGAUACCCGUCUUCAGAGAAAGCUUGGUGGAAAACAGCAAUCUCUUGGACCAGGUCAAGUCCCUGGCCUCUAGUGGCGGCAAAGAAUCAACUGUGGCACAGAACUUGUUGACGCUUCUUGGCACAAUGUAGCCUGUGAAGUGCUCAAGAGUUUACAAAAAAUGUGGUGAUGUGCCAAAUUACCUCAAGUACCCCGAUUUACCGGUUUGGUAUGUACUAGAUGAAGAAAACAUGUGAAGUUUUUGUUUUA